AUGUCUUCCGAGAAGGACAAGUAUAAACUUCCAGAAUGGAUUGGUUGCCCUCCAAAAGGAACACAUUUGGAUGUUACUAAAGGGCCAAAACUUAUACAGAAAUUGCUGAUUGAUGAAAAAGGCUAUUACUAUUUUGGGCGUAAUCCAACUGAUUGUGAUUUUGUUUGUGAACAUGCUUCGUGCUCUCGUGUCCAUGCUUUACUUUUAUUUCAUAAAUUGAUAAAAAGAGUUGCUAUUGUUGAUCUUGAAAGCAGUCAUGGAACUUUUGUAAACAACAUUAGAAUUUCUUCACUUUCACCAGUGUUUUUAGACCCUGACCAGUGUUUUCAUUUUGGAGCUUCAACGAGGCGUUAUUUUCUGAGAGAAAAGGAUGAUGUCGAAAUUGAAACUGGGUUUUCUGCGAAUCAGUCAGAAUUGGAUACCGUCACAGAAUCGAAUACAGCCCAAAAUCGUCGAAUCCCAUUAAUUCCACAAACAACAGAUGACGCUAGGCGAAAAUUACGUCCACGACCACGACUGCAAUUUAAUGAAGAAGAAGAAAUUAUUAACCCAGAGGAUGUAGAUCCAUUGGUUGGACGUUUUCGAAAUAUGGUUAGAACUGCGGUUAUUCCAACUUCUGGACGUAAAAGAGAAGCUGUCGAUGAUGAAAAUGAAUUAUUUGAUUUUUAUUUGCCAAGUCAACAAAUGAAGAAGACGAGAAAAAUUGCUUCUCCAGCAACAACUCCAAAAUCUGGUGACAAAAUGUUUUCAAUUGGUUCAUUAUCAUUAAACGCUGCACCUGAUUUGGAUUUAUAUUCGCCUAUUUUGCCUCCUCCAAAAAUUUCUUCUGCUGGAAAUACUCCAGCAGCAAAAGGAAAAUAUGGGCCUUUAAUGCCGUCAAAAGAUGCGAGUAAAUUGCUUGGAUUUGCAACACCCGAUUCAGAAGUAUGUCAAAAGAAGAAAUAUGCAAAAGAAGCAUGGCCUCUCGAAACAAGACCUCGUUCUCAUUCUGGGGUUAUUUAA